AUGUCUUGCUUAUUCUCUCUCUUUCUCUCUCUCUCUCUCUCAUCCGCUGUUGCUUUUUACUUUUCUUUCUCUCUUUUUACUUGUUUUUUUUUUCGUUCCCUAUUUCUUUUUCUUGCUUGUUCAUUCUCUUUCUUUUUAUUUAUUUUUUGGUGCUCAAAAUUUCCCAUGAUCCCUCUCGCAUCCUCUUUGUCUUUCACGUUCUUCAUUUACCUUUCUACAUUUUGUGCUCUCUCUCUCUUUCUCUCUCAUUCUAUUAUUUUCUCUCUCUUCCUUUGUAUUUCUCUUGCUCCUUCUUUCUUACAAGUUCUCUCUUUUCAUUUACUCCCCACCCCAUUCUUUCUGAAAUCAUAUUCUCUAACCUUUCCCGUUCUCUGUUUAUUUUUCUCUCUGUUUUUCUUAUUUCCUCUCCAAUUCCUUCUCUUUCUCUUUAUACACUUUACUCAAUGUCGAGAUGAGCUUCUCUAUUUAGAAGCUACGAUGCUAAAGGACAUAAUCUUUCUUUCUCUCUCUCGCUCUCUCUCUCUCUCUCUGUCAUCGCAGCACACCAAUUUCUUCCUUUUCUUCUUUUAUAUUUCAUUCUUCACCUUCCCUCUCGCCCAGCAGUCUUUCCUUUUUUAUUUCACUUAA